AUGAGCUCACAGCUCUCACCACUCACACCUCUCCUCUCCAUAACCACCACCACCAAAUCACCAAGAUCAACCAGACUUGCUGCAACACCACCCUCAACAUUCCACCAGCUCUCCCAAAGAACCCACAUCCCUUCUCAUGUGUACACCCACCCCACCGCCCUCCUCCUCGAGCUCUGCACUUCCAUGAAAGAACUCCACCAAAUCUUCCCCCUCAUCAUCAAGAACGGCCUCUACACCCACCACUACUUCCACACCAAGCUCGUCAGCCUCUUCUGCAACUACAACUCCCCAACUCAAGCCCUCCGCGUUUUCGACUCCAUUGACGACAAGCUCGACGUUUUCUACCACACUCUUCUCAAAGGCUACGCCAAGAGCUCCUCUCUAUCCGACGCCAUUGCCUUCUUCUGCCGGCUCAAGCAAGACGGGGUCGCCCCCGUUGUGUACAACUUUACUUACCUGCUCAAGGCCUGCGGCGACAAUGCUGACCUCAGCAGGGGGAAGGAGAUUCACGGCGCGCUUAUCACGUGUGGCUAUUGUACUAAUCUCUUUGCCAUGACCGGAGUGGUGAACAUGUACGCCAAAUGCAGGCAGAUUGAUGACGCCUAUAAGAUGUUCGACAGAAUGCCUGAGAGGGACUUGGUUUCUUGGAACACGAUUGUCGCGGCUUAUGCGCAGAAUGGGCUGGCCAAGAGGGCCCUGGAGUCACUUAUGAGGAUGCAGGAGGAAGGGCAGAGGCCUGAUUCCAUCACAUUGGUCACUGCAUUGCCUGCUGUUGCGGAUGUCGGGUCAUUGGUGAUUGGGAAGUCGAUUCAUGCCUAUGUUAUAAGAGCUAGUUUUGAGUCACUUGUGAACAUUUCUACCGCGCUCUUAGAUAUGUAUUCGAAAUGUGGGUCUGUGGAAACUGCUCGGGCGAUUUUCAACAGGAUGAAUCAUAAGACUGUUGUUUCCUGGAAUUCCAUGAUUGCUGGGUACGUGCAAAAUGAGGAUCCUGAGGAAGCAAUGGUGAUUUUCCAGAAGAUGCUCGAUGAAGGCUUUGAACCGACUAACGUUACUAUUAUGGAAGCUUUACAUGCUUGUGCUGAUUUGGGAGAUCUUGAGAGGGGAAGGUAUGUGCAUGAGUUAUUGGAUCAAUUGAACCUUGGACAUGAUGUCUCGAUUGUGAAUUCUUUGAUAUCCAUGUAUUCCAAGUGUAAGAAAGUUGAUAUCGCUGCCAAUUUGUUUAGAGGCUUAAAGGGUAAGACCGUUGUCUCAUGGAAUGCCAUGAUAUUAGGGUUUGCGCAGAAUGGUCGGGUCAGCGAGGCUUUAACUCACUUCUGUGAGAUGCAAUCUCAAAAUAUAAAGCAAGAUUCGUUUACAAUGGUGAGUGUAAUUCCAGCUCUUGCAGAGUUAUCAGUUACACGUCAGGCGAAGUGGAUUCAUGGACUUGUUGUAAGAAAGUGUUUUGACAAAAAUAUUUUUGUGAUGACCGCUCUUGUCGAUAUGUAUGCAAAAUGUGGAGCUGUCCAUACUGCCAGAAAGCUUUUCGACAUGAUGGAUGACCGGCAUGUGACAACAUGGAACAGUAUGAUUGAUGGAUAUGGAACAAAUGGGCUUGGAAAGGCUGCUGUGCUAUUGUUCAACGAAAUGAAGAAGGGAAAAAUAAAGCCAAAUGAUAUAACAUUUUUAUGCGUGAUAUCUGCUUGCUCUCAUUCGGGUUUGGUGGAAGACGGUCUUCAAUACUUUGAAAGCAUGAAGGAUGACUAUGGCCUGGAGCCUGCAAUGGAUCAUUAUGGUGCCAUGGUUGAUCUUCUUGGUCGAGCUGGUCGACUAAAUGAGGCUUGGGAUUUUAUUCAAAAGAUGCCUAUGGAACCUGGCAUUACAGUCUUUGGGGCAAUGUUAGGAGCUUGCAGAAUUCAUAAAAAUGUUGAAUUGGGGGAAAAGGCAGCAGAUAAAAUAUUUGAGUUGGAUCCUGUUGAAGGUGGGUACCAUGUUUUGCUUGCUAACAUAUAUUCAACAGCUUCAAUGUGGGACAAAGUGGCCAAAGUGCGAACAACAAUGGAGAAGAAAGGGCUCAAGAAAACUCCAGGCUGCAGUUUGGUGGAUUUUAAGAACCAGGUUCACGCAUUCUAUUCCGGGAGUACAAGCCAUCCCCAAUCAAAGAGAAUAUAUACUUAUCUUGAGACACUGGUAGAUAAGAUCAAGGCUGCUGGUUAUGUGCCAGAUACAAACUCAAUUCAUGAUGUGGAAGAUGAUGUCAAGGAGCAAUUGUUGAAUAGCCAUAGUGAGAAGCUGGCUAUUGCAUUCGGACUCUUGAAUACUACCGCAGGCACAACAAUACACAUUCGAAAGAACCUGCGAGUUUGUGGUGAUUGCCACAACGCAACCAAGUACAUUUCAUUAGUGACCGGAAGGGAAAUCAUAGUGCGCGAUAUGCAUCGGUUCCAUCAUUUCAAAGAUGGAACUUGUUCUUGUGGAGAUUAUUGGUGAUUCUGCAUUGACACCAUUUUAUUCUUGGGAGCUGCAUAUUGGUCUUUCAGGGAUUGGCUGUAGAUUCAGUGAUUCACCAUUCACCGAUCUAGAGUGUCACUGAAUCAUGGAAAAGCAAAGCUUACAAUAAGUUGUAUGCAGUUAUGCACAUUGGAGGUUGAUGUGUGUAGGAAUUAGAUUAUUAGGUUAAGAAGAGUUGCUCCAUUUUUGUACUGAUUGGAAGAGACAAGCUAGUUUUCUUCUCUUAUUCGUAUGUACUAAAAGUUUUUGCAGACAUAUUCCUAUGGAAUUAUAGGGUUCAAUUUAAUUUAUGGCAAUUCCAUUUCUGAGAUUAG